AUGGAGCGUCUCAAACUCUAUCCGCCAAUUAUGUACACGGUUCAUUGGGGCAACACUGCCAACAAGAGCGAGUUUCAACUUUCAAAUUUAUUAGAUCGGAUACCUUUUUUCAAGUCUCUGGACCUUUAUAUAUCUCCAACGGACUCGGAAACCGAACUCAUGAUGCAUGAGGUUCAGCCCAACGCCGAGUACUUGGUGCUCUUCAGUAUUGCAAAGCCUGACCGUAAAGUAACUACUGCAGGCCUCAAUUAUACCGCAAUCCAGAAGAUCGAAAAUAUCAUAUGUAAGAAUGUACGACCAUACAUCGAGGGCAGUCCAAAGGUCUUAAAUGUCAGAUCUCUUCGAAUUGCUCAAUCACACAUUGACAACCAUGAUCUGGUUGAAUUUAUCGAGGCAACUUCCUCUGCUUCAGUGACUAUAGAAACCAAAUCUUCACUUUUGAUAUCUGGGGGUGCCAUAUCUGCUAGUAUUUCGUUACCAAACCUCACUACAUUGGCUACAGAUUUGUGGGUCUUGGCGACGCUUUUCAAUGAUCACGUCCUCCUUCCAAAUCUCCAUGC